AUGUCAGAAACUGAAGGCACCGUCCAAGACAAGUACUACUCCAUCGAGGAAGUCCAGAAACACAACACUACCGACGACUUGUGGGUCGUUUACAACGGGCAGGUGUACGAUGUGACGCCUUACUUGGACGAGCACCCAGGUGGUGAGGAAGUGAUUGCCGAUGUGGCCGGUACUGACGCCACGGAAGCCUUCAAUGACAUUGGCCACUCAGACGAUGCCCACGAUAUCAUGAAGGGCUUGAGACUUGGUAAGUUGGAGGGCGGUACCAUUGUCGAGACCCAGGGAGUUACCUCUGCGGGCUCCACUGCUGAAGUCUCGGGCAUUCCUUUCCCUGUGUUGGCUGCUGCUGUUUUUGUCUUGGCUGCUGGCGUGUACUUCUACAUCAACUAA